AUGGCUGCUGCUGCUGCUGGCCAAUAUUGGUUACAAAUAUUGUUCUUUGCAUUUGCACUUAUUAUUAUAGUGAUGAAUAAUAAUAAAGUCAAUGGGUAUGGUGCAAUGGUCCCACUUACACUUCUUUCAGAUGCUGUGGCCAAAGGAGCAGUUUGCUUAGAUGGUAGCCCAGCAGGUUACCAUUAUUUUGAGGGAUUUGGAAAUGGGGCAAAUAGUUGGCUCGUUUAUCUUAUGGGAGGGGGUUGGUGUAGCACAACGUUUGAUUGCCAGGUCAGAGUCCAAAACUCGCCAAUUACUUCAUCAACUAAUAACAUCGGAGCCGUCUAUUUUGAUGGCAUACUCAGCCCAGAUCAAACCACCAAUCCAGAUUUCUACAACUGGAAUAAGGUUUACCUACGAUAUUGUGAUGUGUCGUCGUUUAUAGGAGAUGUUAAAGCUGUUGAUCCGGCAACAAACCUCCAUUAUAGAGGCUCAACGAUCUUUGGAGAAAUUGUUAAAGAGCUACUAACAAAAGGAUUGCAAAAUGCCCAAAAUGUUAUCCUUGCUGGCAACUCGGCCGGAGGAUUAGCAGCUAUUUUGAACUGCGACCGGUUUAGGGCAAUGGUGCCGAAUGAUGUCAGAGUAAAAUGCAUUUCAGAUUCGGGUUUCUUUAUCCAAGCGAAAGAUCUUCCAAAUGCAUAUCAAAGAGAAGCUUAUUUUGCCCAAGUGGUUGAGCUUCAUGGAAUAGCAAAAUUUCUGUCAAGAGCAUGCAAGUCAAGAAUGGCUUCCAAUUCGUGUUUUUGGCCCGAAAAUGUGGUCAGAUAUAUUAAGACCCCACUCUUCUUGCUCAACUCUGCUUUUGAUAAAUAUCAG